AUGUUUACAUACUUUUUUUACAGGUUAUUUAUAGUAAAGGAAGGCCCAUUAACGGUACCUCUGACCCAUAUAGAUUCAAAUCCUUUUAACAGUAAUGAAUUUUGCGUCAGCGGUGUUACCUAUUACGUGCGGGUGUACGAUCGUCGAAAUGUUGUGAGGCCGGUUCUUCAAUUAUUUCCACAUAAUAUGGACGAAUACAAUGAAUACUCUUGUUGCCUUUAUAAUUACAAUGGAACGGAAAUUCUCGCAACAUAUAAGAAGAACAUAUAUCUAUUCGAUAUAUUGAAGUCGUCAAAUACUAGAGAAGUUCAUAAAUAUAAGAACUAUUUUAAUAACGUCUGUGUCUAUCGCUUAAUUGCAGAAGAAGGAGUCAAGUUCUUCGGACCUAAAAGCGAAUAUGUCGUAUCUGGAUCCGAGUCGGGUAAUAUAUUCAUUUGGGAAAAGAAUAUGGGGACUCUAGUAAACUACAUAAAAAGCAAUGGCAUACAUGUAAAUUGCUUGGAAGGGCAUCCGCAUUUGCCUGUACUUGCGACGCAACAUUCGCAUAGACAUAUCGGAAUCUGGCAACCUUUCUGA